AUGGGUACCAAUAACAGCAGCAUUGUUUCCAAGCGCAGUGUGGAACGUCUUUACUUCCCAAAUGAGCCCCAUUUUUUCCCAGAGGUUUCUAUCACAUAUAUGCCUACUGAAUCAGCUGAUGCGUUAAUACAAUGGGCAAAUAAACUCCCCGACGCUCGUUUUUGUCUUCUAGAACAGCUACUCCCAGAGGGAAUAAGUCACCCAUUUGCUCAAACUAUGAUGGCACACUUUGACAAACUUGGCACACCCUUGGGUGCUUGCAAAAAGUAUCCAACUGUCGCUGCACAAGACACACGUUUUCGCUCUCUGGGGUGGCCAUCAGUAUUAGUACGCAAUCUAUGGGAACUUUGGGGUUCUGAAGAUUUCCUAGAUUCUAAAGAAAGAAUUGCUUUAGACAGUGUCGAGCCUUUCGACGAGUGGGAGGAGUUCGCUUUGUUCGGCUGUCACUAUCUUUUACUUGUUGCUGAUAAUACUAGUACAAUGCAUCGUCAGGCGAUGCAAGAGAGCUGCGAACCAACGUUGAAUGGCCCAGGGGCUAAUCACACUACAAGCACAUACUCUGAAUAUCCAAAAGCUCAAGGCCAACGCAGAUUUGCUGCCCCACUUUCCGUAAGGGCUAGGAAUAGAGGUCAAUAUGCUAUUGGUAACUUUUCCGGGAUGGGUCUUAAUACUCGAGUGAGUUCUUGUGAUGUUUACUCCGCUGAUGAUACUGGUUUCACUUCAUUCGAUUAUCAAGGUUCUCAUUCUUGGCCAUCGAGCCGUAUGUGCCACACUAUCACGGGAAUCGACGAUGGUGCAUCUCUACUGAUUGGAGGUCGAACGUCGCCAGAUAAUGCCAUAGUUGACUGUUGGAUUUACCACAAAUGGUUGAAUAUUUGGGAGAGAGUUGAUGACCUUCCCAAGCCGAGAUAUCGCCAUUCGGCUGCCCAUCUAGGCAAUGGCUAUGUAAUGAUGACUGGUGGCAAAAGUACCUCAAAGACUCUGGUUGAUGAUGUCAUGAUCUGGAGCCGACAGCGAGGAUGGGUGAAAUGCAGUAUCAACUCAAACGAACGGCCCCCUGCUUUCUUUGGUUCUUCUCUUGUUGUCUAUCCUGAAACGUUUCCUCAUCCUUCAGCGUCAAGGUCUGGAAUUAUCGCUGGUGGCAUAACUGAAGACGGACUGGUUCAAGAAAAGACUUGGAAAUGGAAGAUAUCGCAAUAUAGAGACGAGCAACCUUCCAUAUCAUUUAAAAAUUUUGACAGUCCCAGCACAAAGGCUGAAAACGGAGCAACUCUUGCUCGCUUUGGUGCACAAACGCUGGUUCAUGAAGACAAUAUUGUCGUAGUUGGUGGUAUUGUAAAAGAUAUACUACUACCUUUAGCCAAUGAGAUAUGUAGUAGUAAGAUCGAAAGCAUGUCGACGACUCAGCAUGUAGUCUGUUGUACAAGUGUGUCAACCAAUCUUGAACCACGGCCACUUCUUAUUGGUACCUCUGCGGUCUCAAGCGGUGAUAAAAUCCUUAUCAUGGGCGGUUCAGCGGUUAUUGUGCAUGAAGCAUCGACGGAGCAUAUGAACUUCAGCUCAAAAAACUUCACAUAUGUAACGAAGAAAUUUGGUGAUUUCCUAGAUGAGGUAGAGAAAGGAAGUAAGCUCUAUCUAAGGUCAUUAUCUGCAGAAAAGGCAUCGGAACUCCCUGCCGAUAUUGUGAAAGAUUACCCUUCCAUUUCCGCCGACUUUCAACUACCUCUAGAGUUGGCAUCCGUUACGCAUAACGCACAUAGCUCCCCAUUACGUAUUUCUGGACCUGUGAACAUGUGGUUACAUUAUGAUGUUAUGGCCAAUGUUCUCUGCCAAGUCAGAGGUUCUAAACGUCUUCUACUUUUCCCACCCUCGGAUGUCAAAUAUUUCGAUUUCGCCCCAGGCGCUUCAAGCUCAAGUAUUAAUGUUUUCGAGAACCUCAGUGAUCCCAAGCUCUCGCAUACUCAUCCACAUGAAGUCAUACUUCAACCAGGUGACAUACUCUUCUUACCUUCACUCUGGCUACACACAGCCUCACCUACCUCUGGCAUAAGCGUAGCUGUCAAUGUAUUCUUCCGCAAUCUCCGCAACGGAUACGCGGCGGGAAAAGAUGUAUAUGGCAAUCGAGAUCUACAAGCAUAUGAGAAAGGUAGACAAGAUAUUGCAAAGGUGGUGAAGUCUUUCGAGAGCCUACCUACAGAUGUAAGAGGAUUCUAUCUGCAGAGAUUGGCGGAUGAGUUUAUGCAAAUGGCUACAUAA